AGUAGUCAAUAUCAUGAUAUUGAUCCCAGUAGCGGAAAAAUUAGCGAUGCUGCCUUAUCGCAUCAUCGAGUACAACUAGUUACUGGAGUUGAAAGAGAAGAAAAUGGAAAUCACUACGGGCACGACCAGCAAAAAACCUUCCGCGGCGUCCACCAAGCAAUCGACGUUGCCGCGCACCAACAGGGUUCAAACCAUGCUGCCGAACAAGACGCACGCUCCCCCAGCGCGCCGCUCCGGCGGCUUCCCGGCCCCGCGAAGGGCGGCACGCCGACAUACUACUCGC